AUGUCCUUCUUGUCGCUCGCCGCCCUCCACCCAGUCGAGGACGGCGGCCUGCGUCUUGCAAACGGCACCGACACUGCGGGCCGGCUGGAGGUGCUACAUAACGGCGGCUGGGGUACCGUGUGCUUGGACAACUUCACGGAUUUAGAAGCCAGCGUGGCGUGCCGGCAACUGGGUUUUGCCGCUGGCGGGGUCGCCCCGGUGUUGCAGUACGGCGCCGGCCGCGGCAGCGUGUGGAUGGACUCUGUGAGGUGCCGGGGCGCUGAGGCCCGCCUUGCGGAUUGCCGCUUCGAUGGAUGGGGCUGGACGGACUGUUCACAUUUCGGUGAGCUGGGUGCUUGCCGUAGGAAAAGGGCUUGGGGACCACCCUCGUGA